AUGGCGUCAGGGACGGGGUCGCCGAUGCAUCGCACCAUGUCGCUAGAUUAUGGCGUGGUGUUGGAGGGCGAGGAAGGGGAUCCAGGAGAGAAGCGACGACUGCCUCGCGACGACUUCUUCGUACAACGAGGCACCACGUAUCACCCAUCUCUGGAGGAGCCCCAGCACAACGAACCCUGUGAGGCCGCUGUUGGUCCAUUUGGACGGUAA